AUGAAUGCUAAACUUGUCUUGGAAACUAAUAAAACUAAAAAUGAUAUUAAUGGUACAAUGUCUUAUGGAAAAGAAUACGAAGCAGUUAUAUCAGAUCGUCGUAAAACUAUGUACAGAUUUGUUAUUAAGAACUCAAAGAAUGAAGUUGUUUGCUCCACAGUUCAAUCUUUGAAUGACUUAAUUGACAGAACCGAAAUCGAUAAAAAAAUGAUUCCAUUAAAGAAUUCUAAUGGGGGCAGUUUAAAGGUUUCCACUUAUUGGAGACCAGUAAGAUUAGAUAUUGGUUUGAACUCUGUUGCCUAUACCCCACCUAUAGGUGCUAUCAGAAUCUUUGUGGAAAAAGCUAAUAAUUUAUUGAAUUUGGAGAAAAUUGGAAAGAUUGAUCCAUAUACUAAAGUUUUAGUGAAUGGUAUUUCCAAAGAUAGAACCAAUGAAAUUGAAUCUACCUUGAACCCUGUUUGGAAUACUCCUAUGUAUGUAUCUGUUACAUCACCAAACCAAAAAAUUACUUUAGAAGUUAUGGAUGUGGAAACAAUCGACAAAGAUCGUAGUGUUGGUAAAUUUAACCUAGAUGUACAAGAGUUGUUUAUCAGAGAUGACAAUGAUAAAUACGAAACUGUUAUUGGUAAACAACCACACGUAUGUCGCCUAAUUACUAAGAAGGGUGCUUAUGGUAAUCUUACAUAUUUUAUUUCAUUUUAUCCUACAUUGCCUAUUCUUUCUUUGGAACAAAUUGAAGAUUUAAAGUCAAUUGAAAAGAAGAGAAUCGAAUUAGAUGAAAAGAGGAAACAAAAAGCAAAAUUAUCCGAAAAAGAAAAACAACAUAUGGAGGAACUCACUUUAGAAGUUGAGGAAUUUGAACAUAUCUUACAAAAGAAACAAAAAUUGAGCCUUGAUGAACUAAUGAAGUACAAGACUGGUGUUCUUGCUAUAUCAGUUUUAGAUGGUUUUGUAUCGCAACAAGGCACCUAUGUUCAGGCCUUUUUUGAUAGUAACGGCCAUUCUCGUUUUAUUUCACCAAAAAUCAAUUCCACAGUUAUAAAAGAUGGUUGGACCGGUGAUGUAAUAAUCAAAGAAUUGGAUUAUUCUACAGCUACAUUUAGAGUCACGAAGAAAAAGAAUGCUAAUAGAGCAGAAAACUGUUUGUGUGAAGUUACCGUUCCAACAAGUGAAAUUGUCAAAAAUUGUUAUUAUAGACCAUCUAUAUUAAAUUUAUCCGGUGAGGCCAGCGGAAAAUUAUUAAUCCAAUCUCAAUGGUUCCCACUAGAUACAGAAGAAUUACCUCAAGCUGAUUUGAUCACAAAUCAAGGCGAUUUAACUGUAAUUGCAAAGAGUGCAGAAAGAUUAUUAUCUGCUGAUUCAAACGGCUUCUCUGAUCCAUACCUAAAAUUCUAUUUAAAUGAUGAAGAUGAUUCGAUUUUCAAAACUCAUGUGGAGAAGAAGACUUUGAAUCCAACAUGGAAUGAAAGAAAUACAUGUGAGAUCAGUAACCGUAUUAUGGAUAUAUUGCAUGUGAAAGUCAUGGAUUGGGAUGCUACCUCAGGUGAUGAUUGUAUUGGAUGGGGUAAAAUAAGAUUAAGUGAUAUAGUUCCAUAUAAGACAACAAGUAUAGACCUUCCAAUAAUGUUGGAAGGAAAAGAUGGUGGUAUUGUUCAUUUAGAUUUUGAGUUCAAACCAAAAUACAUAAUAAACGUAACCAAACAUGAAAAAAAGGUCAGUGAUGUUGCUGCGAAGGGAUUAGGUACAGGUAUUAGAGCAGGUACUACUGUUGUUAGUACUGGUGUUGGAACUGUAGAAAAGAUCGGAAAGGGUAUUCUUGGAGUCACUGGCCUACGUAAGUCUAAGAAAAAGGAUGAAGAACAAUUUACCUAA